CAAAAAGAAAAGGAUGAAAAUUGAAAAAGAAGAGAAAAGACGGCAGAAUGGACGAAAGGCGAGGAACUGGAAGGGAAGAGGUUCUUCUCUCUAUCGGCGCCGUAUCCGACUCGAAGUCAACUGGGGCAUAAACAAUUGGCGGGUAGGACCCAUUUGCGCGAAGAAGACACGCUAAACAUAUGCAUCUUCAAAUCGCCAUUACAGUGUAUCCGAAGGUGAAGGUUAGGAUGGGAGAUGAAGAUGAUCGGCACUGGGGCUCCUUGCUUUCCUUGAAGGAUAUCCAGUUCCUUUCCAUUCAAGAUUCGCUUUUCCCAGUUAAGUUGCUGCAAGAUGUUUCGCAAUCUCCGAGUCCCAAGGCCAAAAUUCCCAAGUCUUAUGUGCCUAGCCUAAUCCUGCCUGAAACACCAAGAACUCCACUUUCAGUCUGCACAGAAAGUUCAGGAACAGACACCAAAAGCAACCUAGAUGAAGAAGAAGAUGAUAGACCAAAUAUUAGAGCCAGUUCAAUCCCACCACCUCGAGCCGUACUAUCCAGUCCUCAAAAUGAUGCGUUGAUUGGAGACAAGUACAGGGUCAAACCUGGCAAGCGGCCUUCCAUACUGAGGAAUCAGAAUUCGACUCAAAGCAGCAGUCGUAUUCACUGUAAAGUCAUGCCGAGGAAAGCCACUGAUGAGAACCCGGUAGUUAGGAGUAGGAAGUCCAAAGAUCAGCCAUCUGAUGACAGGAGUGCUCUCAGAGAGAAGAAAGGGUCGGCCAUUUCAAGUCGCAGAAGGCCUGUAGUCGAGUGGGUAAACUGAGAUUAGUUCUUGUUAUCAUACCACUUCCUUUUGCUUCAAUGUUUUUCUGCUAGUGCUAUUAGUGAAGUCAGUUUAAGAGGCAGAAAGCCAUGAACCAGUAUAGACAACAGACUUGUUCUCUGCUUCUGUGUUAUGAAGUUUAGGUCCCUAUACCCGCUAACUACUGUCUCCAAAUUUGCGCUAGUUUUAGACUGAUUGAGUGAUGAAUCAUAGAGAGAAAUCUUGCAGCUGGGCAUGAACUUCGAUUGUGACAUGAUUGUUCAACUUUUUCUUUAUGUUCCAACUCCAUAUUUAAUCAGUUUAAAGUUGAACAGUGUUAGCAAGACUCGGUUGAGCUAUGUGCCUUCAGCUAACUAACAAGCCCACAACGAACAGCCUCUAUACGUAUUCUAUUGGGAAUCCUCUCCUCAAGAGUGACCUGAUGCAGUAAACC